AUGGUCUGUCAUGACGAACUGGCUUUUUCAUCAAGCAAUGAUGACAAAUCAUCUCAUCGCCAAAUGGCCGGCAUGAAUGAGUUGAGCAAAGUUCACCUUCCCAGAGAAUUGUCGCCAAAUGGCCGUCACAAAGGACUCUGUCAUUUUCUCCACAGAAAAGCCAAGCGUCCAUCGCCGAAUGGCCGUCAUGGAAUCGCUUGGAAGAUGCAAAUAAAUAUCUUUGAUGACAAAUCAGCUCAUCGCCAAAUGGCCGACAUGAGUGAGUUGAGCAAAGUUCACCUUCCCAGAGACUUGUCGCCAAAUGGCCAGCAUGAUUCUCUAAUAAAUUCAUUGGAUGAAAGCUUCCAAAUUUUGAAGCACAAAAUGCACAUCACUGCCCCAUACUCGUAUAACGGUAUAAUUGAUAACUACGUCACGCGUGUGGACGGUUUUUGGAGCUUAAGACAUUAUAUUGAUUGGAUCUGUAAGAAUGAGAAGGAAUUACCGCAAUGGGAAACGUGUUUAGACAACUUUUAUAACUCGUUAGAUUUUGUAAAUUCGCGUAGAGGAGUAUCCAUAUACAUUCGCACUUGUGCUAGGAGAAAUCUUGAUAAUAAAGAGCUUCCCGAGAUUGAAGCAAUUAUGAAAGAACUCCAGGAACCAUAUGAAAGAGUAUAUAAUGGAAAAUAUGGUGGAUCUAUGUAUAAGACUGCGGUUCAAGUGCAAAAGGAAGAGGAAGUCUUUGCUUUGGAAAGUGCAAAAAUGCGCGAAAAAAAUGGAAAGAGGAAAAAUGAGGAAUAUUUAGAUGAUGAAUUCGCAGAAAGCCUUGGAAUUUUAUUCGAAGAAUCUAAUGAAGAAAUAUUAAUGGACAAUAUAGAUGAAAAAACGCUCAAAGAAGAAAUUAAGUUGCCAUUGGCAAGCGGUAUUUCCUCUAAGGAUCCAUUAAAGCAUAAACUUUCUUCUGAUAUUGACGUUUCUGAAGCUUUCCACAGCUAUCAGGCCAAAAUCCCCAAGUGCCGUAAGGUCUCGACACCUGCGUAUUGGGGUAUUCUCGAUUUGACGAACGAAAGCCUGCACGGAUGUAAAUAUUUUACAGAAAUCGACAUGAAGGAGUUGAAUCAAGAAUUCUCGAAUUGUAUUGGAUGGAUUGAUACACCUGCUGAAGAAAGUCUUCAGCAAUACUUCGAUAAUAACUGUCAAAGAAAUUAUGAUAAAAAAUUUGAAAAGUUAGAUGCCAAUAUACAAUUUAUAAAGAAUAAUAUGUGUUCCUUCCAGGGAACAUUGACGGAAGAAGAACUCAAAAUGAGCUCAUCGUUUCCUUUAUUUCGAGGCAUUUUUACGUCCGAUCACAUAAAAGAUGUUUGGGGAGAGACACAAGCUCUGGCGACGAACGAUGCUCGAAAUGAAAAGCAAAACCCAUUCCAAAGGGCCCGUAUUGGGAGAAAAGUUGACAUGAAGUGUGUUCUGGUCAAGACACUAAAUAAGUUUGAAGUUGUAUACGGGGAAGUUUCGGGAGGAUUAGGUCCAUUUGGACCUUCAGCUCAUCGCAAGAAACGAUUCCUUGAUAAAGUAAAGCUAAUGGUCACAAUGCGGGAUAGUCUCAAUAAUUUACUAAAGAAGUACAAACACACCUCGGACAAGCAACGCAUGGACAUAAUCGUCUAUGGCUGGCUUCAAGUCGACUGGAUUGGAGAUGGUGUAUACAGGUUCGGAUUACUCGACCAGUGUAUUAUACCUUCGGACAAAAAUGAUUGUAAUAUGAUCGAAGAUGCUUAUUGUGUCAUUAAAACACUUGAGAUUAAAUUGCUACAAACUGAAACGGCGGUAAGAAACUUACUUUCAAACAACACAAAAGGAAAACGACGCCGAACGGCAACUGAAAAUGAACCAAAGCUAAAUUUAAACCGUACACCUAUCAAACAAAAAUAA